UGUACAAUUAAAAUACAAUUUGUAUCGUGAUACAUGUAAAUACAAACAUAUCGGUAAUUAACUUGGCACAGAAAUGGACUGAUAUUUGAAUACCUGGAAUAUUAGACAGAACUUAGUUGCAGGAUCUCUGUAGAACAAAUGUAGAAGACAUGCAAAAAUCAGAGAAUUGCACAGCUUGUCUAAGGGACAAUGAGAAGAUUCAGGCAGAUUUAUGGUGCUAUGAUUGUUCGGAAGCAUUAUGUGAUCCAUGCGGGAAAGUCCAUAGAAAAUUUGCAACUCCUCAUAAAGUGAAUGACAUUCAUAAAAUUUCAAUAAUGGACAGGACUAUUAUAAAGAUAUGCCGUCGCCAUGCUGGUCAAGAAUUAAAAGCUUUCUGUAAAUGUCAUGGAAAAGUGUUGUGUCAGAAGUGUAUAUCUGACUUUCACAGUAAAUGUAAAAAUGUACAAUCAAUAGAAAAGGCUUCUGAGGAACUAAAGGAUGGACUUGCUUUAAAAAAUUUACAAGAAAGUUUGAAACGAUUGAACAUUAGCACAAAGGAUACUGUGUUCAAAAUAUCAAAUCGUUCUAAACAAUUGCAUCAGCAAAAGACCUCAAUUCUCAAUGAAAUUUUGAACAUUCGUGAGUUAGUUAAUGGAAAGUUGGACCAAAUAGAGAAAGGGGUAUUAUGCAGAUUUAGCCAACAGAAUCACAAUAUAUCAGAAAUUGAGACCAAGUUAAAAACAUUACAAAGUGAUUUAGAUUCAAAUAUGGAAACAGCAGAUCACCUUAAUUACAGUACUAAUCAAACACAUAUAUUUCUAGUGUUGCACAACCUUAGGUCAAAACAGGAUGCCAACGAAAACGACAUUGCAAAAACAAAUCAAGAACUGGAAUCAAUUCAACUUAACAUGAUACCAGCAAAUUUUACAAGGAAAUUGACAGAUUUAAUCUCAUCGUUAGAAGGAACAGGAUAUACCGAUCAUUCCUUGCUAAACAAAACAAAAUUAAAUGUCCAUGGCAAAAUAUCAACAGAAUUUAUAUCAGCAACCAAAAUACAGACGCUAACGCCAACUAAAGGUUUCAUAUUUGGUGCAUGUUGCUUUACUGAAGACAAUCGAAUCGUUCUAACAGAAUCAAAAUGGGAUUCAAAAUACAAACUUAGCAUUUUUGAUAUCAAAUCUGGGAAAACUGAGCGAGUUUCCAUAUCACUUCCCGAGGAACCCAACCAGUUGUGUUCUUUUGAGAAAUCGCGUGUUUUAGUCACGUGUAAGAACAAACUACCGAUAGUUGUCGUUGAUGUACAAUCAAUCACAACAGACAGGAAAUAUAUUCGACCAUGCAUUGACACUCUGGUUGGAAAAGAUACAGGUCAAAAUAUCGAGUGUUCAUUUAUAUUUGGAAAAGGCUUCCAGAUAUGGGUGUGUAUCGAGUGUUGUAUCAAAGGAAAAGACUCAACAUAUAUUUGUUCAAUAAAUUUUGAGGGUGAAAUAUUAAAAUCAAUUCCUUUGAAAACGGAUAUAAGUGAUAUGUGCAUGAAUUUUCGCUGCGAUUCGUUCAUCUGCACUCACAAGGACCGGAACGAAAUUUCAGAGGUAUCGGUUAUUGGAGAACACGCGGUAUAUUACAAAAAUAGCAAUAUAGGUAACAGUUGUCGUAUUGCAAGCGACGCAUCUGGUGGUGUAUAUGUUUGUGAGCCUAUAACAAAUAAGCUAUGGAAACUGAGAUCUGGCGAACGAAAUACUGUGCUAACAGAAAAGGAUGGAAUAGCGAGUGUUUCUCAUGUAAAUUUCAACAACAGAACUAAUGAGCUGGUGCUUACUAGUAAUGGAGGGGAGUGUGUUUAUGUUUACCAUGUUCAAACCUGAAUAGAUAAUAAACCAUUAAAAACAGAAA